CUGAACGACUGGGAUCUUUUUUGCGUCAUGGCGUGGGAGGGGAUGGCGAACGCUGAGCGUGGAACCUUGGGCUUUGCCGAAGUGCACUCGUCGGACGUCCAGGACCUGCUGGGCAGUCCAGUAAGUUCCGUCCAGCACGCCUGCUGCCUCCCCGGUCCUUCUCUUUAAGGGAGCUGCCUCCCCCAAGAGGCGUCCUCCAGUCGUGCGGGGUGGUAGAACAGCCCCCCUCGGCUUCAGCCCCCACGUCCAUGGGCUGCGGCGGCUUAGUGCAGCUGGAGGGCGCCAGGUGGUGGACGCCGACUGAUUGAUGGGGGUUUGCUGAGCGUUUGAUUUAUGUAAUGGAUCCUCAAGUAAAUUUCAAUGUAACCUUCCAAGGUAAUAAGUUCAACUUCCUUGUAUCAUCUAAAACCACAUGGGCUGAUAUGGAAGCCAUGGUAAAAGUCUCAUUUGAACUGAAAGAUAUCCAGAUCAAAUACCUAGAUGAGGAACAUGAUGAGGUAUCCAUCAACUCAGCAGAAGAAUAUCAAGAGGCUGUUAAGAUUGCAAUGAAACACGGCAAUCAGCUCCAAAUGAAUGUCUAUGAAUUACGAGUUCCUUCAGGCAUGUCUUCAAGAUUGGUGUUUGGGAGAUCUGAGGAACCGUUUGUUCCAGAAAUUAAAAAGAAGCUCCCAAUUGCUCCAACUCUGAUAAAAGACAAAGAUACUAAAAGAAAGAACAAAAGGAUAAAGAGUGAGCUCCUUCUCAGUGAGGUUCCUCCUGAGUGGUUCACAAGCUACUUGGAAAAGUUCCGGGAGCAAGUUGUUCAAGACACUGUUAAAGUACUGGAACAGAAGUUGGAUGACAAACUGUUUCUUACCAACCAGCUUCCAAGCUUCGUGAACACCUCAAGACACCAAAUUCCUGCAAGUUCCUUGGUGCAAGGCAGUUCCUAUGACUGGCUGCUCUCCUGUAAUAAUUGUCAAAAUCCCAUAGUGGGGAUUCGCUAUCAAUGCAGUGUUUGUCCAACAUAUAACAUCUGUGAAUUGUGUGAAGCAGGGUUAUAUUUCCAUGACUCUAACCAUGUCUUUCUAAAACUGCGGAGGCCCACCUUGCAUAUUUCAGACACACAUAGUCUUGAGCAGCUGUCAUCUUCUCUAGUCACUUCAGAGAAAGUCAGAUUCCAGAAGCAGGUGGACAAGCAUUUCCUGAAAGCAGAAAAGCAGCGUUUACGAGGAGAAAAGCAGCAGCGUAAAGCUGAAGCACAGGAACUCCAGAAGCAACUUAAAUUGCAUCAAAAGUUUAAACUAUGGGACUCCGUCCAUACUCUUGACCACACUGGUUUGGCAGAUACAAAAUCUGAGAGCCUACAAUCCAGUACACUUCUUUCUCUGCAGCAAUGCCCUGUUGUUUCCACACUGAGUGCUGCUUUUGUAGAUGAGAAUUUACCAGAUGGAACUCACCUCCCACCAAAUAUUAUCUUCAUGAAGCAUUGGCGUAUGAGGAACACAGGCAACAUUACAUGGAGUUCAGAUACCAAGCUAAAGUUCAUGUGGGGAAACAUAACUCUGAUGUCUUCUGGAAAAAAAGAUGUGAUUGUGCCUUCCCUACUUCCUGGGGAGGAAGGGGUUGUCUCAGUGGAGUUUAAAGCCCCAGGCACGGAAGGAACCUAUACCUCCCACUGGAGGUUAUCACAUAAAGAAGAACAAUUUGGACCCCGGAUCUGGUGCAGUAUUGUGGUUGACUCCUCUUCCCCCACAAUUUCCAAUCUGCCUGACCAUGGCAGAUUGAUGCCUAGCUUUUGCCAGAAUAGUAUGUCUCUUUUCAAAAAAGAGGAAAGAGCUUCAGAAUUUAAGGGGGAAGUAAGUUUGGCCAACAGAGUUGCUUCAUCAAUGAUGAAAAGAAUCCUCAGUGCUAGAGAGCUUUACAUCCCAUCACUUGAUCUUCUCACAGCCCAGGAUUUGCUCUCCUUUGAAUUGCUGGACAUUAACAUAGUGCAAGAAUUGGAGCAGGUCCCUCGUAAUACUCCUGUUGAUUCCAUACAAGGUCCAAGCCCAUACAAAAUCCAUGACUGCACUUCUCUGCCAAAAACAACUAACUUAGACCAGAAACAAGAAGCGAAUGAGAAGAUCACAUAUAAAUUGAUGUCUGAAGCUCAAGUCAGCAAAGGGAAGGCUGAAAAUUCAGGAAACCAAGAAGAAGGAGAGGAAGAUAUGAGUGGAACCCAGUUUGUAUGUGAAACAGUCAUUCGUUCUCUCACCUUAGAUGCUGCACCUGACCAUCAGCCCCCACAAAAAAAGAAGUCUUUUCAGAAUUCUCUGCAAACACUGUCCAAUGUUGCCCACUGCAGCCCAGAGAACAAUGAUUCCAUUAACCCUGUGUCUGUAUCAGAGGAAUUAGAAGGCAAAGUACCAACUCCUGAAUUUGGAAACCGCGCAGUGCAAGAUGGUGAAGAAUCAAAAGGAGGAGAAGCUGACAGUAAUACUCAGGAUGAAGUCAAUAGUCAGGCAUCUUCUUUUUCUGAAGAUUAUAUCGUUGUCCUUCCAGAAUGUUUUGAUAUUAGUCGUCCUCUGGGCGAGUCAAUGUACAGUUCAGCACUCUCUCAGUCAAAUUUAGAAAAGGUGACCAUGGCUCCAGCAAAUCCUGAAGAAAGCCACACACCAAUCAGUAGCACCAGCGAUACGUUGAUUACCUCUCAGACCCUUGAUGAAGUGUCACUGACCACCCCUCAGAGUGGGGAACCACGGCUAAUAAGAUAUUGGGCUCUAACAGAUAUCAGUUCCCAAGAAACAACUUUUCCCACUAGAGAGGAAGCCCUGUUGGUUCCUAUCCAGAUGAGAGAAGAAUUACAGAGAGAUGAUUCUGAGGUUUCAUCUCCAGAAAACGUAAAUAACCCAUCAAUGUAUCCUGAAUCCUCUAGACAUAGCCCAGGAAAUAGCCUUGCUGGUGGCCUGGUGAAAGGGGCCUUAUCAGUGGCUGCCUCAGCUUACAAAGCAUUGUUUGUUGGGCAAGCCUCCAUGGAUCAGGCUCUUUCUGUAACCAGUGAAAAUCAAAUGACUUCAUAUCUGACUCACCUACAUGAAAUGGGUUUCUGUGACAGACACCUUAACCUCCAUCUGUUGCAGAAACAUAAAUUUGACAUGAAUCUUGUUGUCAUUGAGUUGCUGCAGCUGAAUCGGGGUGAUCGGUAUGAGAACCCAUACUGAACCUUUUUCACGUACAUUAAAAAACUUAACAGCAACUGGCACCAGCAGCUUCUAGCUCCCUUCUGUCUAAGCAGAGCCAAGAUGGUUUCGCUUUUAUUUUUCAGUACAUUAUAAUUCCUACCAUCUCUAUUAUCCUACAGCUCAGGCAUUAGAGUAUCUAAAUGUUUUCCCAAAACUGGUAAAUGCCAUAUUAUAGAUAGGAGAAAAGAAGUGAUUAUGCUUCAGAAAUAUAAGUGGAGUUGAUCUUAACAACCAAAGUAGACUGUUCUCUACUUUACUUCUCUUCUGGUUAAGCAAUACUUUUAUCCCACAUUUAAUGUUAUGUGUCUUGCCAGACACUGAUAUUAUCUGAAAACUGUACUCCUCAUUAGGAAGAUUCCAUGCAAACCCACAAUUUCAUUUCUUGGUUAUUUCCUUGUUAGAAGCAGAACUGAAUUGGCUAUGUGAAUAAAAAUACAAAGAUGUAGCUGUUUAUAUUAUAUAAUUAUUGAGAAAAACAAUAUUGAUAGUGACUGUUCAAGCUAUUUGAAGGGUAAAUAAUCAAGACAAAUUUGAGUGUUUAAAAAUUAUUUUUGUAGACUUUUACCAGCCAGCAGUAUUUUACAGGAGUGAAUACUGCUCUCACAAGCAGUAUUCCUGAUUUCUCUACCCAGGUGUUAGAUCAGUUUGAAGUCCUAAAAAAAGCAAUACUUUUAACAACUCCUCAGCUUAACUACAUUACUAAUAUCUAAUAGAAUUUUUUGCUUAGUAUGUAAAAGAAAGAAAAAACAAAUAUAUGAAUGAAUAUUUUAGGAAAAUAAUUUCCUAUGUCUCUGUUAAUCAAAACAAAGGACUCAAGAAUCAAUAAGGAAUUUCUGCCUAUAUCCUCCUGAAAUAAAUACUGUAAGGAUUUGAUACAUUCCUAAAGAGUUUACACUUGUUGAUUUGACACUCAGGUAUUCCUUUGAUUUUAAUUUCAUAUAGGAUGAAAGGAAUAUUUGUUCAUAAAGCAUGUGAACAGUAAUGGGAUGUAUAAAAGUAUAGUUUUUCUGUGAUUUUGGUAGGAAUUACGAUAGUAAAUGAUUGCAAGGGAUUGAAAUGAGAAAAGUUUCCUAGUGAGUCAGGAUGAGGAGCUGAGGACAAGCUGCUUGUGCUAUGAUUGCUUAUUUAAUAAAAUGUAUGCAAACUGAAUAUCUGAAUGGAAGAGUUUAGAUUUGCAACUUCUCUUGGGCUGAUGAGGAAAACCUUUAAAUUACUAGGUAGAUCUUCAUAUUUUUUUAAAUUACUUUGAAUUACUUCAACCAGUGAACUUUUUGUUUCAUAAAAGGUGAAAUAUUCUUCUAUUGGCUUUGUUUUAUGAGAAGUUGCAUGAAUGAUAAUUUAAACAAUACUGAUAUUAAGAUAUUGUUUAUUGCUUAGAUUAAGCACUAUGGUCUUUUGAGUUGAAAAAUAAAUAUUAAAAAUGCACAUUA